CCGGCAUUCAGGUACAAAAUGUUGUAUCAAGCAUUUAUUCUCGCUAUCAUUCUAUUCUCCAAACAACAAAUGGUUCAUGUCAGUUUUAUAUUCAAAUUGACAAUUCUCUGCUUCAUCUAUAGACAAUCAAAAUUGAAUUUAUUUCCAGGCUAUCGAUGGGAAGAAUGUGAAUUUUCUCCUUUGAGCUGUUUGUUGAGGCGUCGAAAAUAG